UUUGACAGGCUUAACCUAUUACUGCAUUCUUUUCUUAGAAACUUUUCAUGUUUCGUCAAUUUUGGGGGAUUACAAGUGGAUAUGUUUAGAUAGAACAAAGAGGUUUUUAAUUGUCAAAAAUGGUCCAACGUGAAAAAGUCUUGUGCAAGUAAGUCAACUUCAGAAAUUUCCAUGAAACCUUAAUUUCCAGCUUUCAAGGUGUGAAAGUUCAUUUUUCCGCAUUCACUAUUCCAUUCUAAAAUGAAAAUUCAACUUGUUGCUCCAAAAUCGUAGGAUUUGUGCUUACCAUGCUUUAGAUCCCCAAGAUUUACAAGUUCGUAUAAAUUAAGUUCGUGAGCCUCGAAUAUUUUCAUUCAAACGCUUCUUUCUCAACAUCUUAUUUUCGUUCACAUUCAAGAAGGCAAGACCAGCGUUUAUAGUAAUUCCAAGAACUCAGCUAUGACCGCUACUCAAGAACUGAUGGUUGAUAGGCAACAGUACCCUACAAUCCAAGAAAAGUUUGCUGGCCAGCUUCACUUGAGACACAACCUUCCCUCACAUGCUGCAACUUGUUCCGGAGGAUUGAAAAGGUCACCUCUCUGUCAGCAACAAUUUUCAUUGAAAAAUUAUUCAAAUGCAAGGUUGCAGUGGCCUGUCAUGCAUUCUGUAGGCUCAGCUGCUUCACCAGUGUUUGUUCCAUCCCCGUCGGAGAAAAACUUCUCAAGCUUUGCCACUGAUUUUCUCAUGGGUGGUGUUUCUGCAGCAGUGUCCAAGACUGCAGCUGCUCCUAUUGAGCGUGUAAAGCUUCUGAUUCAAAAUCAAGAUGAGAUGAUCAAGGCUGGUCGGCUCUCUGAACCCUACAAGGGCAUUGGAGAUUGCUUUGGCAGAACAAUCAAAGAUGAGGGGUUUGUUUCACUGUGGAGAGGGAACACUGUCAAUGUUAUCCGUUACUUCCCAACACAGGCUCUGAACUUUGCAUUCAAGGACCACUUUAAGAGGCUAUUUAACUUCAAGAAAGACAAGGAUGGGUAUUGGAAAUGGUUUGCAGGGAACAUAGCAUCUGGUGCCGCAGCAGGAGCUUCAUCCUCCAUAUUUGUUUAUUCAUUGGAUUACGCUCGAACUCGUCUCACCAAUGAUGCCAAGGCUGUAAAAAAGGGUGGAGAGAGGCAAUUCAAUGGUUUGGUGGAUGUCUACAGGAAGACUCUUCAAUCAGACGGAAUUGUUGGCCUCUACCGUGGCUUCAAUGUUUCUAUUGUCGGAAUCAUUGUCUACCGUGGUUUGUACUUUGGAAUGUAUGAUUCUCUCAAACCAGUGCUCUUGGUGGGAACUUUGCAGGAUAGCUUCUUUGCUAGCUUUGCUCUGGGGUGGCUCGUUACCACUGGUGCUAACCUUGUCUCUUAUCCCUUAGAUACUGUUCGUAGAAGAAUGAUGAUGACAUCAGGUGAAGCUGUUAAGUACAAGAGCUCUUUCCAUGCAUUCUCUCAAAUUGUGAAGAAUGAAGGUUCAAAAUCUCUCUUCAAAGGCGCUGGCGCAAAUAUUCUUCGUGCUGUUGCGGGUGCUGGUGUGCUUGCAGGCUACGACAAACUUCAGGUUCUUGUCAUGGAAAAGAAGUAUGGUUCCGGUGGGGCUUAAUUAUGAAUAGUGUUAUUUAGUAUCAAGUUGUGGGAUUACAAAAACCGCGUUAACUAUCUUUGAUUUCUAUCAUAGUCUUUUUUUACAUAUUCUUUUUUAAAUUUAAUGUAUUGGACCAAUAAUGUACAAAUACAUGGGUUUGUGAUGCACAGUAAAAAAUAGUUUCUGCUGUGAAGU